GUCAAUGACGGGCGUCAAGCGGUGAAACGACCGCUAGGGGCAGUGUUCUUUAACAGGUGACCUUCUUUCUCCCACAACCUCUUCCUCAGUCAAGGAAACCGAGGCGGAAGUCAACGGCUUUGUUUUCCCGGCUGAGCUGAGAGGUGCCGCUUUUGGGAUGGCAGAUGAGGAGGACGACAACGGCUUCGACGAGGAGCUGGACGACGGCACCAGUGGGGUCGACGUCGGCCACGGCAAGAGGAAACGGCUCUUCUCCAAGGAGCUGCGCUGCAUGAUGUACGGCUUCGGGGACGACCAGAACCCGUACACGGAGUCCGUGGACAUCCUGGAGGACCUGGUGAUCGAGUUCAUCACGGAAAUGACCCACAAGGCCAUGUCCAUCGGACGCCAGGGCCGCGUGCAGGUGGAGGACAUCGUCUUUCUGAUUCGCAAGGACCCGAGGAAGUUCGCCCGAGUCAAAGACCUGCUGACCAUGAACGAGGAGUUGAAGAGGGCCCGGAAGGCUUUUGACGAGGCCAAUUACGGCUCGUAAACUCACCACGGGACACCUUUGUGUCUGCUGUGGCCGUUCACUUCGGUCACCCUUGUUGCCCCCAAACUCACAAGUGAUUUUCAUUAUUUUACAGAUAAUGUGGCGAUCGCGAUGAGCACUGUCAAGUUGUUGUCAUGCUGCCUGGGAGUGUUUGAAAUAAAGUGACCUGCAUAUUGUUUUAA